AUGGCUGACAAAGUGAAAUUUCAAGCGCUGGAUGAACCCACAUUUGAGUCCCUAUUUGCAGGUUGGUCCGAUUUGAGCCGUUUCGGCGAUGCUGGUUACUUGCUACCGACCACGUACAAGGAUGACGCCGACCAGUUCAAGACUAUGAAGGUUCGGCCUGAUGACGUCUGGGUUACCACGUUUCCUCGCUCCGUCCAUUAUACUCCGUUCUUCGCCCAUUUAAAGGAAGCAUGGGCAUUACGUCACCAUCCAAAUAUGCUCUUCAUCUUUUACGAGGAAUUAUCAAAGGAUUUGCCCUCAUGUAUUAAACGCAUGGCAACAUUUCUCGGUAAAGAAGUAACGGAUGAACAAGUAGUGAAGCUCUGCGAACAUUUGAACAUAGACAACUUUCGCAAGAACGAGUCUGUGAAUCUGGAAUGGCUGACUCGAAGAGUUGGUGACCCUGACGCUGAGAGCUUCAUACGGAAAGGCAAAUCAGGGGGCUGGCGAGAGCACUUCGACGAAGAGAUGACUGCGCAAGCGCAGCAGUGGAUGCGCGAGAAUCUCUCCGACUGCGAUCUGCGCUUCCCUGGUGUCGAUUAUUAG